AUAUAUAUAUACAUACAUAUAUAUACAUAAAAAAAAUAUUGUAAUACCCGAUACACAGACGUGUGCGUGCGCGACGAAUGUAUGUGAAUAUCUUGCACGAAUGUGUUUAUGCGCGUGUAAGUAUACAUUUGCCACUCCCUACGCAUAGGAAUUAUAUACAUGUAUACAUAACAAUCAUUAUAUAUACAAUAUAAUGAUUGAAACAUAUUAUAUAUAUGUAUAUAUCAUAGAUAUAUACAUAUAUAUACAUAUAUAUAUAUAUAAUAUGUAGUUAGAAAGCGACUGUACUGUUAGUGGAUAUUCGAAUAACGUUGUAUAGUAGAUUCUGAUUGCUAUAAUUAUAUUGAAUGGGCCAAAGUUGUAAGAAAUUGUCUUUAUUUGACUAAUCGAUUGAGAUGAGUGAAAUAUAAUAAUUUAUCGAAUGUCGUAUAUAUAUAUAUAUACGAUAUACAGAACUUACGAUGAUUCGCGCUGAAUUGCAAGACCACUGAUUUUUUUUGGUGCAGCCGCAGUCAUUUGCGUUUUUUUUGUGUGACCGAAAUUAUAUAUAUUCUCAAAAAUAAAAACAACGUUCUGCGAAUUAUUUCUUCAUUAUUAUUAUCAUUAUAACGAUCAGUGCGUGAUGAGUAAUGGAGUAUAAUGCAGAGAAAAAGAAGUGAAUGUACAUUUAACAUUAAGAAAGUCAAUUGAAUAUCUUGCCUUUCGACGGACACUUUCCUCGAGAAAAUAUGUAAUCUUUUAACUGAAAUUUUGGAUAAACGUGGAAAUUCUACAGGAUUGGUACUUUCGUUUACAUAGAAUAGUGGUCGAGAUUAUAUUUACUGGCUUAAGUGCCGUGACAGCAAAGAGAAGAUAAACAAAUUCUAAAGACAGCAAAUUAUUGUAUUUCAUUAAGCCAAAUAAGACCAUAACGUAUUAUACAAUUUACAAGAUAAGUAUAUUCUAAAUGUAUGAAAUAAAGUUGUAUUCAAAACGAACGUCAUUCCUUAAGAAUCUCGAAUCUUGCAAGGAGAGGUCUCUUUUUUUUAUUUUUCAGCUCUUUGUAGCAACAACUGUUAUAUAUGCUGUGUGUUGAAAAUGAAUAUUAUUGAAAAUAUAUUAUUAACUCCAGUAUCAGCAAAUAAUGCUGAGUUUCAUCUGGCUCUUUUUAUUACGAAUUAUUACUGAAACACGUGUGAGAUUUCAGUCGGACGAUAACAUAUCGACGGUAUCUACAGACUUCGAUUAAUACCGACUCAUCGUUUUUAUUAACAUAUAUCGACUAAUGAUGUAUCGCUAACUUGACAGAUGACGCCAGAUCGGCGAUAAAUUAUCGCCUGCUAAUGAUUAUUCCGCGGGACAUCUGAGAUUUUUACGACUCGGUGGCUGCUGGAAAGCGCAAAAUAUUGCACCUUGGAUUCAGUAUGUUUUUGCGCAACUGUAAACUAUUAUUUCAUGUUACUUUAUCACGAAGAGAUAAGAAUUGCGAUCAUACGGGGAUGGGAAAUGAAAAUCUUCCGGACGAUAUUAAUGUCGACGGCAAUUUAAUCGACGAAACGAGGCUCGAAUUUACGGACAAAUUGAAGUCGGAUAUAUUUCUGUUAUCGUCGAUCUCACGAUCGCCGAAAUCGAUUGCAGGGCGCGCCAGAGCAAAACGACCGAAAGUCGCUCCGCGACCUUUGCCGGUGCGCGAACCUUCGUGACGCUCGAACUGAUCGUUCGGAAAAUCAGCGGAGCGAGAAUUCAGCGUCUCUCUCGGGGAAAUUCUCGUGCGACGAGACGAAAAAUCAAGCAAACGGAAGAAAAACGAGACCAGACGACAUAUUUUGCGACUCCUUCUUUCUUUCCGUCUCGCUGUAUCUGAAGCGUGACGAUUAGAUAAGGCCUCCGGUUCAUAGUGCGUCCGCGGUGCAACCUCAUAAGAGACCGAGAUGCCCGUGGGUCGGCCUCAGUUAAAGCUGCGUGUGCAAACCGGCAAUUAUUAAGCGGACGGCAGUGGAUCGCUUCUACUCCCCGGACCGCUGUCGAUCAACACACGACGCCGUCACCGACCACUCGUCGUCGACUGUUCAUUCUCAUAUGUAGUGCGCCGUUCCUAUUUCUCACCUCGCGUUACACCUGCUUCCGAUCGAGAGAUCCCGCGAUAAUCCAUCCGAUUCGCCGAGUGUUCGUCGAUCGGACAGCACAGUCGCUGUGCUCUCGCAAGCGGCGGCUGGGCGAGCAAGAAGAGACACUUCUUCCUCUUCCGCCGGUUUCCUUUACCCGCGACGUUCACGCAACCACCUCGUCGGCCCUCAAGAUCGAGGCAUGACUCCUGGACAUAAAGAUUUAUACAGCCCGGCUCGUGACUCGUAAUACGUCGGCUGGAUCGUCUCGAAGAUCGCCGACAGGCGCGAGCAAGGAGAGCACAAGAUGCCCGCCUGCUCCAGCGAGAACACCUCGAGAUGGUCCUCCAGUCCGCCGAUAUCACGAAGCAACAGUGCCUCGCCGCCGUUACCGAGCUCACCGUUGUCCACGUCGCCGCGCAGAAUGUCGCCGGUGGCCUUGAAGCGUUCGACCUCGUCGAACGUGUUCGCGUCGACGUCGCACGCACCUCCGAUCAACCUGCUGUCACGGGCGUCGUCCGCCUCGAACAUGCCGAUGCCGGCGAUACUGUCGCAGAGACGGCAGCAACGUCAACAACAGCCGCCUUACCACCACCAGCUGAAUCACCAGCAGCAAAGGGCACCGAGCACGACGACAGAUCGGGGCAGCGGCUCGCUGCUGGCUCGGCUCUUCUCCUGGUACUUCGGCCUGUUGGCCGGCCUCCUGCGGGGUGUCUUCAACGUCAUCGGCUACGCCAUCUGGGCGCCGGCUCUCUGGGCCUCCGCCUGGGUAUACCUGUUCUGGGUGAUCCUGCAGCUGUCGUUAGCCGCCCUCAAGUGGUUCCUCACGGUGCUGCACACUCCGGCGUACGAGCGGUCGCGCAACAAGCGGUGCGUGCUCAUCAGCGGCGGUAGCACGGUGCAGGCGGUGCACUUGGCGCGGAACUUCUACAAGGCCGGCGCCCGCGUGGUGGUGUGCGAGCACGAGGGCCUCUUCGGCCUGGCCAGAUUCUCGACCGCCUGCUCCAAGUUCUACACGAUACCGCAGCCGGGUGCCCGGAACGUCGUCGAGUACAUCAAGGCGCUGCGCGACAUCGUGCAACGCGAGAAGGUCGCCUACUACAUACCGGUGAGCGCCGCCAACACCGCGUAUUACGACGCCUUGGCGAAGCCGCAUCUCGAGAUCAUGGGCUGCGAGUGCUUCGUGCCGGACGCGAGCGAGGUCACCGCGCUGGACGACCCGUUGGAGCUGCUGCGACGCUGCCGGCUGCUCGCCCUGCCGAAUCCCCAGCACUUCCUCCUGCGCUCCAUGCAGGACCUGUCCGAGCUGUACGAGCAGAACGCCUUCCGCACCGGCCGCUACGUCAUGCUGGCCGCUGGCCCCGCCGGGAUGCGCGACCGCGCCAAGGUCCUGCUGCCGCCGACCGCGCGCGAGUUCCGCAACCAGCAGCACGAGAUCAGCGAGUCCCGGCCGUGGGUGGUGAUCCGCGACCCCGGCGGAGACCACUUCAUCACGUGCACCACCUUGAAGGAGUCCCGCAUCGUCGCGAACGUCACUUGCCGGGUGGACGAGGCGCGCGGGCUCAUACCCGAGGAACGUCCGGAGGUGACGCGCUGGCUCGAGCGCUUCUUCGCCCGCUCCUUCGGCGGCAGAGUCAACGGCCACUUGAGCUUCCGCCUGGCGGUCUCGGAGCAGAAUGGCGAGCUGGUGUCCAUCGGCUGCCGCGUCGGCGUCAGUCUGCCCUACGUCUGCCACACCGGCGUGCAUCCUCGUCUGGUCUGGAAGCCCUGCAGACACUUCUCCAGGCAGAACUCGGGCCUGCUGGCCACCCCGGACAGGCAUCCGCUGCUGUCGGACGCCGUGGCGAGCGUCUUCAAGCGCUCGACCGGCGAGAUGGCGACCCACCUGUUGGGCACGGUGCUGGACAAGCGAGAGGCGCUCUUCGUCUACUGGGAUCCACUGCCUUACUGCGCUUAUUACCACCUGCAGUUGCCCUGCAGGCGCAUCGCCGCGAUCAUCAGGGCGCAACCUGCACAGCACAAUCCGUUGCUGACGGUGGUGCAGUAAGAAAGGAAGCCGCGAGCAGGAGGGAGGGAGGGAGAGAGAGAGCGUAAACGUUGUCGCAUCCAUCGUCGCACGAGGGGAUUCCGGAUGUGUACAACUGGCUGGCAACCACUCGGCUGUUCGAUAGGUGGUCGAUCUGGACACCUCACGUAUCGUCUCCGGGAACAAUGUACGUGCCAAAGAGGUGGUGUCCGAAACCCAGGACGAGUUCGUACUUAUUUUUUUCAUUGUGAGUAAUUGUGCGGAGAGUGUGAGAGACAUUUAUUUAUUGGGGAGACACCUCGCUCCUCUGCCGAAGCGAUCGUCGGCGAAGAGCUACGUGCGACACGAGCGAACGUAAGAGACUCUGAGACGAUUUUGUCGAGCGCGUAGAGAGUGCGAGAGUAGCAGAGAAAAAGAGAACGGAAGAGAGACAGAGAGAAAGAGAGAGAGAGAGGCAGGGAGCAUGUAUGCAUGUGUGUACGUACGCAAGUACGCUAAUCCUACCUUUCCAUCUUGCUAAUUAAACGACACGUUAGUCGAUAAUCGUUAAUAUCACAUUCAUGGGAACACAUCUCCCGAUUCGUUUUCCAGAGGGAGGGAAUAACAUUCUCGACAAAGAGGAAGAUCGCGGCCGCCGAUGAUCGCGCUCGCACGCUCGUUCGCGGCGAUCUCGAAUGGAACUUAAAUGACAGUGAAUGAAAAAUAGGUGCAAAGGUCAAGUUCAGCUAUAUCGCGUUAAAAAUACACACGGCUCUCUUCGGCGCCGUGUCACCGUCAUGAGCGUUGCCGGUCCGGGGGAAUGUGUCGGAGGAGCGCGACCGCGCAGAUGACACGAUGACGGGCGAAGGAGAAAAAAGAGCACACGUGCGAAUCGCGCGCGCGCGCGCGCUAUCAGUAAGCCGAUUGAGCACCGAGCGCAAGCUGCGCGUGAAAUAUUAUUAUAGUAUUCUCCGGCCGAUCGUGCUUGCGCACUUUUGAGAUAGCCGUCCCGAUAUAGGACGGACGCCGCGGAUCCGUCGAGUAUGGAAGUCGAUUCCGCGACAAUCAGUCGACCGAAUCGAACAUCUUGUCAGAGAUGUAGAAGAAAGACUAAAGUAACUACUCGAUCAGCCGGAAUCUAAAGCCGGUAUUCACAGUCAGAUCUUGGGCUUAAUAUCGUCUUAAGUUCAUCUUCGGAUACUUUGCAGCCAAUGAAACGAACAGCGUCUGAAGAUGAACUUGAGACGGUCCUAAGUACAAAAUCUGACUAUGAAUAUCAGGCUUAAAACCCGUAUCAAUAUUAUCAAUUGUUUGGAACUUGUCUCACCUGAGAUACUCAGACCUGAAUUUAGAGUUAGAUUUGAGUUGUUUUCUUUUUUUUUUUUUUUUUUUACUUAAAUCACAUAAUAUAUACGACGUUACAUUUAUGAGCGCAAUUCGAUUGGGAAACUCCCAUCUGACUCUAUAUUCGAAUCUGAAUAUCUCAACCGACACAGACAGUUGAACCUGCAAAAGCAGAUUAUGCGCACUAUCUGCUGUUAAUUUUGUCGGCAACUUGUUAACUGAAAUACAACAAAGGCUGCUGUCUACUAGCAGAGUAUGUAUGACAGAUUGACGGCAGAAACCGAGAAAGAUCUCUGUUGUUCCGUCACCAUUUAAACGUAUUUAAAUGGAACAUCCUGCAGAUCCUGCUCGGUUUUUGCCGACAAUCUGCUGUCAAUCUGCCGGCAUACUGCUUUUACAUUUUACUCACGGUCCUGUGAGGCAAGUUUCAAAUAACGACUAUUAAAAUAUUCUGUUUGCUUUCGUUUUUCUUCUUUUUUUCUUUUUGGAGAGGAGAUAUACGAAGCGUCUCUCGAAGAGAAGACGGUUUCGCGAUGAUGCUUCGAGCUGCUGUUCACUGUCGAUUUCUAGAUCGUGUUCCAUCGAUGUUCCUCUAGUGCGCCAUGUGACGAAGGGGAGCAAUGACCAACAUGCGUCACAAUUCGCGAUCGUAUCGUCGAUCAGAUCGAAUUCGUUCGAAAUCGCGUUGUUUGCUCCUCGUUUACGCACAGCAAACAUGUAUCGAAUGCAGGCGAAUGCAUUCCGCGAGCGAGCGAGCGAACGAGUUGCUGGUUGGCUGACGGUGUUCAUAAUCUCCUCGCGACGCGAGAUGUACGCGUGCGAGGCUGUAAAUAAUGUCCGUUAUAGAUGGAAGAAUGACCCGGGGGCAACACUGGUUAACGACGGACUUUGACAGCCCGGGGUCGCCGCUUCGUGGAGAGGGAAAAAGAGAAAGAAGGGGGGAGAGAGGGAGAGAGAGAGAGAGAGAGAGCGAGCGAGCGAGCGAGUGAGUGAGAGAGAGAGAGAGACACCGGCUUCGCAUUGCCGGUAUUAUCUGCCUUCUUUCUCCUUUUUUCACCUCUUAUUUCCCUUCGACCCCUCCUCCCAGACGCAUUUCACUCCCGACCGCUUCUUUCUACGAGGAGAUAGAUACUCCCGCCGACGUCGCCGAGAGCGAUCGGCCACGUUAAAUUGCAACCCUCCGAUUGCUAACCGUCCAUGGAACGGGUUAAUUAAUCUCGAGCAGAGCAGAACCGGUCGUCACGAUCCUGCGUUGCGUUUUUCGCUACGUAGUAGACACGCCGAGCGAAGAGAUCGGCGAGACUCUCGUGCGAUCCUUUAAUUUCUAUUCAAAUCUGGUGUAAUUAAAAGAAGCAUUAUGUAGUUA